AUGUCUACUAUAUUGAAUUCAUCACUCGAUACACUACCUGUUGAACUUAUUCAUCGAAUUUUCAAUAGUCUUGAUGAACAGACAAUUAUUCUUUCACUUCGUUAUGUAUGCAAACGAUUCUAUACGAUUGUAAAUGUUUACGAUCAUUAUAAACUUAAUUUUGAAUCGAUAUUAAAAUCGAAUUUUGAUCGUAUUUGUCGAUUUAUUCAACUAGAAAAUGUGAUUUCACUUACACUUUCUGAUGAACAUAUGACACCAGGUCAAAUUCAAUUAUUUUUUUCAUUAUUUCAUAUUGAACGUUUUACGCGACUUUGUUCAUUGACACUUAGUGAUAUUGAAGAACGUUAUUUGAAACGAAUUCUUUAA